GAGAAAAGGGAAACGUGAAGUACCGCAAGAAGCUACAGCCGAAGCCCGUUUGUCUGUUGGAUUCUCGACAAAGGGCGAGUUCGUUUCUCCAAAUGCGCGCUAAUAUUUAUGAGAGGCUUUAAUUUAACUACCAAAAAUGGUAGUUGACCUUGGGUCAACUCGGGAAUUGAUUCAGGUCGUUAAACCCAACUACGGAGAAGAAUGCCUUUGCUGGUACGCUAGCUAGCUCGCGUUAGCUUUCAGGAUGGGCAACUGAACGCUAACCGAACAGGGCAAAAAUAUAAAUGUACAAUGACUCAGUCUUGAGGGCACUGUCUCUCGAAGAAACGCGGCGAGAAAAGAGAGUUUCGUGUGUGCCUUUUAGCUACCUCCGAACCGUGCGGAUACUGUUUACAUGAUGAAAAACUGCGAGUACCAGCAGAUCGACCCGCGAGCGCUGUCGGUGUCGCCCUCGUCGGCACAGAACCACACCGAGAAGAAGGCGCAGCGGCCGCGGAGGAAAUGGGAAGUGUUCCCGGGGAAGAACAGAUUUUUCUGCGAUGGACGGAUCAUCCUGGCUAGACAGAGCGGCGUCCUUCCUCUGACACUGGGCCUUAUUGUUGUCACGUGUGGCCUUUUCUUUGCAUUUGAUUGCCCAUUCCUGGUGGAGCAUCUGACCGUCUUCAUACCUGUGAUUGGUGGCGUGCUUUUUGUCUUUGUGGUCAUCUCCCUGCUGAGAACCAGCUUUACAGACCCAGGCAUCCUACCUAGGGCCACCCCAGAUGAAGCUGCAGACAUAGAGAAGCAGAUAGAUACCUCAGGAUCCUCUACAUAUCGCCCCCCACCACGGACCAAGGAGAUCCUCAUCAACCAGCAGGUGGUAAAGCUCAAAUACUGCUUCACUUGUAAAAUGUUCCGCCCUCCUCGGACCUCCCACUGCAGCCUGUGUGACAACUGUGUGGAACGAUUUGAUCACCACUGCCCAUGGGUGGGGAACUGUGUGGGCAAACGCAAUUACCGCUUUUUCUACAGCUUCAUCAUCUCUCUGUCGUUUCUGACAUCUUUCAUAUUUGGCUGUGUCAUCACACACAUCACUCUGCGUUCUCAGGCAGGUAAAAGCCUUCUUCAAGCCAUUCAAGAGAGCCCUGCCAGUGUGGUGGAGUUGGUGAUUUGUUUCUUCUCCAUUUGGUCUAUACUGGGCCUCUCAGGCUUCCACACAUACUUAGUAGCCUCCAACCUCACAACAAAUGAAGAUAUAAAGGGCUCCUGGUCAAGUAAGAGGGGCGCGGAGGAUUCUGGGAACCCGUACAGUUACAACAGCAUUAUGACCAACUGCUGUGUGACGUUAUGUGGGCCCAUGCCUCCGAGUCUGAUUGACAGAAGAGGUCUCCUGCCUCCCGAUGAGGCGACCCCUGCCGCCUCUGCCUCGGACAUAGAGCUGCCUCUCUUCGCAGCCAAGAAUGACACACACAUGUGCACUCAGAGCACUAAGGACGUGCUGGAGAGGAUGGUCCACUCCUCCGACUUUCACGGUCUUUGCCCCCCCGGCACCCCGAAGACCACCCCCCUUGAGCCGGAGGACUCCAGCACGCCGGCGCCGUCUGCAGAGCCUUCGCCCUCCUCCACCGGCUGCUCACAACAGCACGCCCACCAGCCCAUGGCCACCCCUUGCCCCCCGUUCAGCAGAGGCAGUAAGAGGGACUCACUGCACUCCAUCAACCCGGCUUUCCGCCUGGCUUCCCCCUCGCCAUCGCUGAGCCGCGCCAGCUUGAUUCUGGGCGACGCAGCCGACACUGGCUUUAUCCCGCUACCCUGAGUGUGCACCCAGUAACCAUAGGAGAAGAGAAGACUUAUUCCACUGCUCUCUGUCACUGGCAAUGAAUUUUGCUACAGAGACUUUUUCACGGUGGUGGUCAUGAUGUGUGUUGCCAUUUGGUUUCUCAAGAUGUCAUUCUGAUGAAUUGAUUAAGCAUUAUCUGGAGGGUUUGUAUGUUCUGUGAGUUAUAUCAACAGUGUCCUACUGUAUGUGUCCUUCAGGGUGGAGGUAAAUCUUAGUAACACUUGGAAGCACAAUAUAGAGAUUAUUUUUUUAAACACCUUUUUAUUAAGACACCCAGAACAUGCCUCCACACGUUCCGCAGAACCUCAAGCCAUACAUCACAGCUGCAGUGUUUCAGUUCCUGUUGAUACUUUAUGCAAACAGGUCUUUAAAUCUGGGAAUACUCACAGUUUGACUGUGGAUGCAAGAAAUAGAGAAACAAAAGAUUCUCCAAACUGGCAUGCUCUGGAUAGUGAGCCAUUUUCAGGAUGAUCAAUUCAAGAGUUAGCCUUAUGUUGUGUCCGAUCAUUUCCUGUCAUCUAGGUCAACAUCAGCCCAGAGUCAUUAGGUGGAUCCAGUUUGACUGUUUUUAGAUAAAUGAGUUAUCAGUUAUCAGAAAGGGGAGGACAAGGUGCAGUUUUAUUUUUAUUGUAUUUUGUAAUCAGUUCUGCACGUCUUCUAUAUCAGAUGCUCCUAGGCUAAAUGGCAAAUAUCUUUUCUUUAAGCGAGGUGUAUCACUUUAGGAGACAAUGAUUUAAAGAUGACACUUAAAACUGAGUGAAUUUGGUCAGAUUUUUUCACGUGUGGCUGGAUACUAACUGCCUGAGGUCGCUGAAAUGUGUAGUAUUUAUAUAUAUUGUGUCAUGUCCACCUUGUUGCUUUUUGUUGGAUGUUAAAACCAAGUAUUUAAAUCAAAAUCAAAUCUGCUGCUGCGUUUCAGGGCUUGGAUUGGAGUAUUUGUCGCUGAAGCACUGUUUCUUAUUUAUGUGAUCUACUGGGACGCUCCCCAGUGCGAGCGAGCAUCUGCUUUUUCGUUGCCUCAGGGCACAUCAACCGUAUGUUACCUGUCACGGGUGUGUUGGUGGUUACAGCACAGGCUCAGGCAUAUGGACUGCUUCAAGCAGAGAAAUGUUUUAGGAAUGUUGACGAGGCCUCUUCAUGUGCAGGGCAAGCUGUCAUUUUCAUGGCUGUGACCUUUUACUGCUCUUACAGCAUGAAACUUAACCCUCCAUCUGUGAUGGUGGAGUACAGUUUCCUUUGAGAGCUGGGAGUUUGUGUGUGCCACUAGGGGGCAGGAUGUGAAUAAGGAUUGCAGCCUCUUUAGAGGGCAAUUUAGUGACAGAAAAACUAUUAGAGGAAAAGCCUUUUGUUGUUUUUAUUUAUUCUUUUUUUUUUUUUUUUUUUUUUGUAUGUGAGCGUUGAAGCUGUACAUAGGUUGUGAGUUUGUGAAGAACCACUUUGCCAUAGUCAAUGGGUCGCUCAUUUAUCAGUCUGUAUUAAGACCCAUAGUGUGUGUAGAGACAAUUACAAGCAGUGCUUGUAUGAACAAACUUGUUUGCAUUUUGUAGGAUGUAACAGUGGAACUGUAACAUUUGGUCAAUAAAAAUGAUACAUUUUGUUGA